GAUGUCCGCACUGUGAAUCUUCAGUACAUGAGUCGUCAACAUCUCAUUGUGCCACGUUGCAUUUCGACGGGGAAAUCAGCUAGAAUUGAAGUCAUCAAUUCCCCUGAAUCAGCCCAGCUUAUUCAGAAUCAGUAGGCUUGUUCGGAAAAGCCACUUAGCACAGAAUCGCGAAUUCUUGAUGCUGAGGAGCAAUAGCUACCUCAAAUAUUGACGGAGUCUGCAAUAUUUGCCAAAGUCAGCGAUAUAUGCAGCGUCGACUCUAAUCACCGAAAUACCGAGCUAGACGCUGAGGAGUGGAGAAUAUUUUCGUCUCUCUUGGACAUUUCCUUCAAAGUGAAAGUUCGCCUGGAGGGUCGCGAGCCAUCAAAACCUUAAACUGUUGACAACUGACGGAAUCUGUGGAGAUAGCACCGUCAGACUCUCAAGAGAUCCAGUCACCUGACUGAUCUGAAGAGACCAAUUCAUACAUCGCAAUCAUCACGUAACAUCAUACGCACACUUUCGUCUCAUAGGCAGAUAUUCGUUGAAGAAUGAAGAGAUUGUGGGCGAUCAUACCCGUUCUGAUCGUAACUAUUUACUCGCCGGCGGAGAGCAAGGUAUACCAGCAAUGCGAGGCCGUCAAGCAACUGGAGAAGGCUAAGAUCAGCAGAAGCCUCAUCAGCAAUUGGAUCUGCCUGAUGCAGAGCGAGAGCGGGAUGGACACGACGAAGGUGACUGGUCCAAAAGCGGCAUCCAGUUAUUCGUACGGCAUUUUGCAGAUCAAUAGCGCCAAGUGGUGCACCAGAGGACGUGUUGGCGGUGUCUGCAACAAACGCUGCGAGGACUUCCUGGAUGACGAAAUACAGGACGAUAUCACAUGCGCCAAGAUCAUCGUCGACCGGGAAGGAUUCAAGUCGUGGAACGGCUGGGUAAAGAAAUGCAAGGACAAGCCGUUGCCCAACAUUGGGGGCUGCAGACGAAAAAGAGCGUACUUAGAAUUCGUGGAGGCUUUUGAUCUAUCUUCCGAUCGCGAGUCUGAUGAAUUGACGGACAGCGAUAUUUGAUUUUUGACUCAGGAAUUUUAGCAUUCCCAGAACCUCGUACCUCGCGUAAGUUUUUUAUUAAUGUUUCUAAAAUUCUAAAAAUAUGCUAAUACUGUAUUUCUGUGAUAACAGCAACUGUAAUUUAACGCGCAAAACUCAAUGAUAACACAUUCCAAUUAUAUAUAUGUAAUUUAUAUAUGAUUUUCUCCUUCUAAUUGCAUAGGCAUGGCGACACAAGCAAUUCUAGAAAAGAUUUUAAUUACCAAAGAUUACUUGUGAUUAUUAUUGGUUAAAUAAGUAAUACGAUACUCACGGUAUUUCAAUUCAUUUACAAAAUGUGUUAUUAUAUAUGUUAUUUUUUAAUCGGUACUUUAAUUAUAUCAGUGACAGUACAUUGUAUUCAAUGAACGUAAUAUCUUGCACAAACGAAGCGCGCCGGAUUACUUUAAAAAUAUGAAUUUAUCGAUUGGAUUUAAGCCAGAUAUGACGCAACAAUCCAUUAUAGUUGAAUUCACGUUGCGUGACUUGGCAAGCGGCACCACGCGAAAUACAAUGUGAUUUAGAAAUUUCAACUUGGAAUCACAAAACCACGCGUGACGAGAUUUUCCUGAUGCCUUCCCGAUUUCAUCUCUUUUUACUCAUGCUGCGUGCACAAUAUCUGAGACAUCGGAUCGGUCUUCACGUUUAAUCCCACGCGUUGUACUCAUGGAACCCAAAACUCACGUGGGCAGACAUUUUGUGCAAUAGAAAAUAAAUGUCUCUGCAUUAGAAUAGAAAAAACAUGCCUUUAGAAAUUUCUCCGGAGGCAAAAAUGUGACAACGCAAUAACUUUGUGCCAUAAGAAUAAUUUAUAGCUGAAUAAUAUAAAAGAGAGAGUCUUAUCGCAGCGGCACAAACAUCUGAGAAAUGUUGUAAAAAUCUUUUAAUAUCCUAAUCUUCAAAUGUUUUCAGGUGAAUAAUAAAAUGCUUUGAAUAUAUCUUUGAGAAUGAAAGUUGUUUAUCAUUUUCUCUGUUAUUUGGAAGAAAACCGAAAUCUACUCGAUCUUAUGAUUUAACAUUGACUAUCUCGUUGAUCGUUAUAAGCCUUACAAUUGUUAAGAUGUUCUAAUAUUACAAUUAUAUUGUAUAUGAGAAAAAUAUAUAUAAAUUAUCAAGAAUAAAGUUAAGAAAAAU